AUGGAAUUGUGGAGAUCACUAUGCGUUUUGGUUUUGACUUCUGUGGAAUUUGUGGUGGCUUUUGAAUGCUACACGUGUAAUCCACACAAAGGACGUGAAUGCGUAGAACAGAAAGCCACGUGCCCUGGCGGAGUCAGCUCAUGUUCUAUGGCUGUUUUUGGUAGCGGAUUACAUGUGAGAGUAAGAAAAUUCUGUACAAGUCCAGGAUCGACUCUUUACCAUUAUUUACUACUAUUUCCUGGAGCGAGUUUCUGCCAAAAUACUAAUGUUGCAUCAUCUACUCUUCGGCCAGAACGGACAUUCGAUGCUCCACCAGGGCCUCCGCCACUGGUGGCUCCGUCUCUCUUAUGUGUGUGCACCUCAUCACUUUGUAACGCUGGACAUUACACAAGGGUUGUCGAAAACACAAUGUUGAAUUAUUUGCCAAGGCAACUACUGGCUCCACGAGAAGACAAAAAGGUGGCGAUAAACUCGGUCAGAGAUCAUCCUGAUUACGGCCUUGCGAAGCAAUUGGCUGACGCUGGAUUUUGA